AUGGGCAGCUUUGCCAAGAGUGUUGCUCACAUUUCGCGAGGAUUCACAGAGCGUCAAAAGCAGAAGGCUGGGGACUGGAGACAGCAAGCCGUACUGGUUAGGGUCCGGACAAAUUCAAUUGGGGUGAUAAUAUAUCUUUAUCAAGCUAUCAAGGUUGCAACGCGACAUGCUGCAGGUCGGAAGAGGUGGACAGCGCUUCGCGUGAGAAAUGAUCAUCCGACCUAUGAAAGGCGCGGGAAUGGACUUGGAGAGCGGGGAAUCAGGGGGAUGAGGAGUCAAGACGUUCAGGGUAAGGAUAAAUAUGACAUUAAGGGCUAG